AUGAGAAGGUGCCUUCUUGCAGAGCUGGCUAAUAGUGACCCCUCAUCAGGGGCCUCGCCCCCAUCCCAGCUGAGUACCAUCACCCUGGAGGACCUGGGGUUCUUCCUAGAAGAAGGGCCGGCCAGCCCUGAACCCCUGAGUCUGGAUGAGAUCUCAGAGAGGUAUGAGUCCAGCCACCUGGCGUCUACCGCCUCUGUUCUGGAGCAGGACACCCCCAAGCACUGGAAGCAACUGGAGCAAUGGUUGGUCAACAUGCAGACCCAGGUGGUGUCCCUGCAAGAACACAAGGACCGCUGUGAGUGCACCACACUGAGGCUGCUGCAGGAACUGUGCCAGGUGCAGGCCAGUGUGCAGCUGCAAGACUCAGAGCUGAAGCAGCUGCGACAGGAGAUGCAACAGGCAGCUUGGGCCCCUGAGAAGGAGAUCCUGGAGUUCCCCAGUCCCCAGAACCAGAACCAGAUGCAGGCCCUGGACAAGAGGCUGGUGGAGGUCCGAGAGUCCCUGACCCAGAUCAGGAGGAAGCAGGCGCUCCAGGACUCUGAACGGAAGGGCACCGAGCAGGAAGCCAACCUCAGGUUAACCAAGCUGGCUGGGAAGCUGGAGCAGGAGGAGCAGGACCGGCAGGUGGCCUGCAGUGCCCUGCAGAAGAGCCAAGAGGAGGCCAGCCAGAGGGUGGACUAUGAGGUGGCCAGGAUGCAGGCUCAGGUGACCAAGCUUGGCGAGGAGAUGAGCCUCCGCUUCCUCAAGAGGGAGGCCAAGCUGUGCGGCUUCCUGCAGAAGAGCUUCCUGGCCCUGGAGAAGAGAAUGAAGUCCUCAGAGAGCACGCGGCUAAAGGCAGAGAGCAGCCUGCGGGAGGAGCUGGAGAAUAGGUGGCAGAAGCUCCAGGAGCUGGCAGAGGAGCGAGUGCGGGCCCUGCGGGGGCAGUGCAAGCAGGAAGAGUCCCACCUCUUAGAGCAGUGCUGGGGCCUGGACAGGGCUGUGGUCCAGCUGACCAAGUUUGUGCGCCAGAACCAGGUGUCACUGAACCGUGUCCUACUGGCUGAGCAGAAGGCCCGGGAUGCCAAGGGCCACUUGGAGGAGAGCCAGGCUGGGGAGCUGACCGCCUACCUGCAGGAGAACCUGGAGGCUGUGCAGCUGGCUGGCGAGAUGGCCCGGCAGGAGAUGCACAGCGCACUGGAGCUGCUCCGAGAGAAGAGCCAGGCCCUGGAGGUGUCCGUGGCUGAGCUGGUCAGACAGGUGAAGGACCUGAGUGACCACUUGUUGGCCCUGAGCUGGAGGCUGGACCUACAGGAACAGACGCUGAUCCAGAGGCUGCAUGAGGCAAAGAGUGAGUGGGAAGGUGCGGAGCGGAGAUCGCUGGAGGGCCUGGCACAGUGUCGAAAGGAGGCUCAGGCGCACCUGCGGGAGGUGCAGGAGACAGUGGACAGCCUGCCUCGGCAGAUAGAAGCUGUCUCUGACAGAUGCAUCUUGCAUAAAAGUGACUCAGACCUCAAGAUUUCUGCUGAGGGCAAAGCCAGAGAGUUCGAGGUUGGGGCCAUGCGGCAGGAGCUGGCUGCGCUGCUGUCAUCUGUGCAUCUGCUCAGGGAGGGCAACCCUGGGCGGAAGAUUGCCGAAAUCCAGGGCAAGCUGGCCACGUUUCAGAACCAAAUAAUGAAACUGGAAAACAACGUCCAGGACAACAAGACCAUCCAAAACCUCAAGUUUAAUUCGGAAACCAAGCUGCGCAUGGAGGAGAUGGCCACCCUGAGGGAGAGCCUGAUGCGCCUGUGGAGUGAAGAGGGCCCAUGGGCCCUGACGCUAGGCAGCAGAAAGGUCCUCAUGUCCCUGGUGAGACAGCAGUUCUUCAUCAAGGAUGUGGCCCCUGACGAGGUGGUCCCUGUGAACCGCUGGGGCGUAUAUCAGGCCUUGAAGUGGCUUCAGUGGAAGGCGAUCCUCAUGAAUCUGAUGGUCCAGCAGAAGCCAAGAGCAGUCUUGGAGAGGUCCCUCGGCCAGGAGCCUGCCCACCAGAUCAUAUCCUUGCCCCUUUUCCAGAAAUAAAUGUGCCAGUUUCUGUACCCAUCAGAACCUGGAGUUCCUUCCAGGGA